AUGUUUAGCAGUGGUAAUGUGCUUCCUGUGAAGAUUCAGCCUCCGCUGUUGAGACCACUGGCGUACAGGGUUCUGUCCAAGAAAUAUGGAUUGAACAUCAAAUCCGAUGGAUUGACAGCACUGGCAGAGUUCGUAGGAAAAAGUUUCGGUAUGCAGUGGAAACUGAACAAUGUUACGUUACAAUUUCUCGAAAAGUUUGCGGUUGUGUGGCGACAGCAGGAGCGUGGGGUGUUUAUAGAUGAGCAGGGUGUCAAGGAUGUGAUAACAGAAAUGCGCGAAAGGGAGAAGGUCAAUUCUGCAACGACUGCGGCCACAGCUGGUAAUGGAGCUGGAGCUCUUGAAGAAUCAUCAAAAAAACAGAAACAAAGCACUUUAGACAAGCUUCUCGGGCGAGAAACACAGGAAGAUUCGGCAGAACAAGAUACAGAACAAUAUGCAGGACAGAACUUGGCAGCUGUUUCACCAAUCUCUGCCUCCGUAUCUGUGAUUGACGAUGCUGAAGAGAGAGAGACCACAGCGGAAGAGGAAGAAGACCAAUUAGAUUGGAAAGAUUAUUUCAAGAUCAUUAAUGCAUCAGAGCAGCCGAAAUAUACCUAUGAUCCAGUUAAAUUACAAUUUGUUUUCAGUUCUAUUGCAUCAGAUGACACUGAAAAAGCUAUGCAGAAGUUCAAGCUACCUGAUAUAGAAUUCAAAAUUUCUCUAUAUGCGACUAGAUUGUACCUGGUGAGGGAUAGAGUUUUAAGAAAUGAGAACUUCCAGAAAAGCGAUGAUUUCAACCCACUUUCGUCAAUCGUGGCUAUGAAGGAGGAUUUAACAAGCACCGGCAGCUUACCAAAGUUAUUUACAUCUAUGUCUAUUACACAAAUAAAAAAUUUGGCUGGUCGCGAUGGACAAAACUUCCUACUAUUAGGCCUUCUAGCACAGAAUGCUAGGGGAAAUUGGUCAUUAGAAGACCCAUCCGGCACUGUAGAGAUCGAUAUAUCCCAAGCUGUCCCAACAAAUGGACUGUAUUACGUUCCUGGAUGUAUUGUGCUAGUGGAAGGUCUAUAUUUUACAGUAGGUAAUAGAUUUCACGUUUCGGCUAUGACGCAUCCUCCAGGUGAGAAAAGGGAAACAACUUUGGAAGCAAUUGGGAAUUUGGAUCUUCUCGGGAUCCAUAGUUCAUCAAGUUCGAACUUUGUACCGAGAUUGGAUGCUGACUUAAAAGUGAGGUUACAUCUUCUGGAGCGAGAGCUGGUCGAGCAUAAAUUUACAUUCUUAGGUGGUGAUAUAUUCCUAGAUGAAAUGUCAACUUUUGCGGCCCUGCGCAAAGCAUUGAUGAUCUUCGAAAAUGAUCCACCCACGGUGAUAGUAUUUUAUGGUUCCUUUUCAGCAGUUCCUGUUCAUGCAUCCAUGAGCAGCAAAAACGUUAGCUCCACUACUCAGUAUAAAAAGAACUUUGAUAGGCUUGCAGAUCUUUUUGCAGAAUUUGAAAAUGUUUCUCAGAACUCGACGUUAAUCUUUGUUCCUGGCAUCAAUGACCCAUGGGGGUCCAUGGUCUCCCUUGGUGCAGCGUAUUCUUGGCCGUUACAACCACUAUCUCCAGAAUUUAUACAACGGAUGAGGAAAGUUUGCAAAAAUGUCAUUCUUGCAUCUAAUCCAACUAGAAUUGCAUACCUGUCCCAAGAGAUUGUUAUUGUCAGAGAUGACAUGACAGAUCGUUUCAAGAGACACAGUGUUCCCUUUCCAGUGAUCGAGGCCACAGAACAAGAAAGUGAGUUGGAUGCCAUGAAAGUGGAGGAUGCGCGAUCCCAGGAAAAAAUAAGUAUAAGUCAAUUAGUCAAACAUAGGGACCAGCUCCCUGCCAGAAUCAAAGAAUCGCGAAAACUUGUGAAGACUAUUCUUGAUCAGGGUCAAAUUUCCCCAUUCAUCUCAAAUAUACGACCUAUAGUUUGGAAUUUAGAUCAGGCAUUGAGCUUGUGCCCGAUACCAUCUACCCUAGUCAUAUGCGAUACCUCGGCACCUCCAUUCGAUCUAACGUACAACGGAUGCAAAUCUAUUAAUGCGGGAAAGUUUGUCGUUGGUAAAAAAGCAAGAUAUGUUGAAUACAGACCGUCACUCAAAAAAACCCAGCAGGAGGAAAUCAUAUUCUAA